AUGCAGACUGCUUCUACAAACAUUUGUGAAAGAAUGGGUCACUCUCAGGAGCUCAGUGAAUCCAAGCGUGGUACCGUGAUAGGUUGCCACCUGUGCAAUAAGUCCAUUCGUGAAAUUUCCUUACUACUUAUGAUUCCACGGUCAAUGGUUAGUGCUAUUAUAACAAAGUGGAAGCAACUGGGAACAACAGCAACUCAGCCACGAAUGACAGAGUGGGGUCAGUGCAUGCUGAAGUGCACAGUGUGCAGAAGUCACCAACUGUCUGCAGAGUCAAUAGCUAAAUACCUCCAAACUUCAUGUGGCCUUCAGACUAGCACAACAGUGCAUAGAGAGCUUCAUGGAAUGGUUUUCCAUGGCCAA